UUCUUCACAGUUCUUGCUUCUUCCCCACUUAUUAGCUCAUCAAAGGACGAUCUGUAGUAGUGGGAAUGAAAAUACCCUCACAACUCCUUCUUCUUCCCAUUUUCUUCCCAUUUUCUUCACAGUUCCUUCUUCUUCCCCACUUUCUUCACAAUUCCUUGUUCUUCUCCACUUAUUUGCUCAUGAAUCCACUAACUGUAGUAGUGGGAACGAAAAUUCCAGAUGCUAAAUCCCACGUAUUAUCCACUAAUUCAGUUUCUAACCCAUUUCCCCAUUUCCUAUUAUCAAUUCUUUCCCCCAAAUUUCUUCCUUAUAAAUUAGGGAUUGUUUGUGAAUUUUUUAGAAACUCGAUUUUGUCAUCCGCAAGCAGUGGUGCUGAAAAUGGUGAAGAAAAAAACCAUUGAAAUUCAAUUAAGGAGUUCAACACCAAAGAAGUUAGCUAAAGCAUCAGCAGAGCCAAAUGUUACUCCAAGACUUAUUUCUAAAGCUACGAAUAAUCUGAAUUCAAGUUCUAGAAAUGUUGUCCUAGAUUUUGGUGAUGAUCCUAAGCCAACACAGCCAACUCAAGCAAGUGGUGGUGACAAUUUACAUGUGGGAGGCAGUCAAGGAAUUGUUGAUCUUCAAAAUGAUGUGGAACAAGCUCGUUUCUGGACAAAAGCUUCAAAAAAAGUCAUUAAUUUAGAGGAAGCUUUUAAGGCAAUGCAGGAGUCAGUUUGUAAUUUGGACAAUUGGGGAGAGGACGAAUGUCAUCCUGAAGAUGCACCAUGGACUCAACCACUUUUAUAUAGUGAGAGUGAAGAUGCUAAGGAGUGGUCUGAGUUCUGUAAUAACUUUAAGGAAGUUGGUCCUGGUGGUCCUUCUGUGCGAGGUGACCGAUAUGAAUUUGGUGACCAAGAAGGCAGUAGUGAAGACGAUGGAUACGAGCAGUUGUUGGAGACGGACGAUGAAGCUGAAGCCAACCAUUGUGAUCAAUGCUCCGAUACUCAUGAGGAAACCGGGAAGGCCUAGAGUGAAUAGGAGGAGGAGCUACGAUGAAUCACAAUCUAAGAAGAAACCUAGGUCCUGUAGCAAGUGCAAACAAACUGGUCACAACAAAACUACUUGUGGGGGUGGCGCAGUUGGUUUAAAUCCGAAGGCAAAGAGACUUAGAACUGAGGUAGAUGGUCAGACUUUCACAAGCAUUAACUAUAAUCACGGUCAAAGCCGCACUGGAAAACGUAAGAAUAAUGGCAACAACAACAUUAAUCUUGCUGAAUCUUCACAACCUGGAGGAUCACUAGUUGAUUAAUGGGGAAAGCGUUUAUCAUUAGUUUCAGUUUUUAUUCAGUAGGACUUCGUAAGACUUCUGUUUGUUGCAUGUUUUAUUUGGUUGUUUUAAGAUUUCUGUUAGAGGGUCUUGGGGAGUUUUUUUUCCGCUUUUUCUCGAUCAAUCCCUCUUUUAGGAAUUAGGUUUUGUAUUUUUCUUAUCUCAUUAUUUAGUAUCUUCAUAUCAAAACUACUUGUUUUAGAAUAUGUCUAUCUACUUUUAUUUACAAUUACUUUUAUUUACAAUUUUCAACUGAGUUCGGU